AUGGUGAUUAUGAAGGACGCAAAACACAUGAGACAAGCAACCGCACGCGAAAAUGCACAAAAACUGCGAUGCACUUCGACAAGAGCACGUCAUGUCAGCGAGAAAGACCUCUGCUUGGUUAAGCAUUUGGUGCCCAGAGGAAAAGGUGACGAUAAGGGGCUGUGGUAUAUGGAAGGCAUAAGAUACAAGCAGCACAUUUUAUUCCGUGAACAAACCAAAAAAGAGGAAGGUGUAGGAGUCAUCGAGCAACUGGAAGGAAACUGA